GUUUACUUAUUUUUCGUAAAUAUGGCUGAUAACAUUGGAUACAAUACUCGUAGUCGCGCUGGUGCUGGUGUUGGUGACAAUCAACAAUUCGUAGACCAACAACCCGUACAAGAUACUGGAAACUAUCAAAGCCAAGGUUUUGGCGACAACCUUCAACAAGGUCAAACGUAUGGCACUGACAAUACCGCUGAAACUGGCUACUAUGGCAGCAAUGAUAAUACACAUGGCAUGGGCGACACUUCUUAUGCUGGUAACACUGAUACUUACAACAGCGGUAAUGCUUAUGGUGGUGCUGGAGCUACUACUGGCACUGUCACUGAUCGUCUUGGUGGAAACAACACUGCUGGUACCACUGGCGGUAACACUGCUUAUAGUAGUGAUGCUUAUGGAGGCAAUGCCCCUACUACUGCUGGUCUGGAUGAAGGUUACACAGGUAAUCAAGCUACUGGUGGUAACAUUGACCAACCCUAUCACCAGGGUGACAAUGCUCAUCACAACCCUUCCUUGGCAGAUAAGGUUGAAGGCAUGCUCGAAAAAUUGGCCGACAAGAUCUCUUCUGGCCAUGGUCAUGGUACUAGUGGCAACCACUAAAAAAAAAAAGAAUUGUGAAUAUUGUAAUGUUUAUGUAAUGAAUACUUAAUAAAAUUUCGUCAUUUAUUCUAAA